UCGGCGGCAGAGGAGCUCGGGGGCCAUUUUGUGAGGAGACGGAGAGCGAACGGUCGUGUGGUUCCUUGCUGUUGUAGCUCCGGCGUCUCGGCGUAGACCCGCAGUAGGAGAGGCAGUCUCUUCUCUCUCUCCUACCUCUUGGGCAGCAAGGCGAACCCCAUCCUUACUCACUGGAGCUCAGCUUUGAUUUUUAACUUCCCUUCCCCACCUUUCCAGAACACACACAUUCCCAUUCCAAAACUGAUUUUAUAAAGACAUUUUAAACAUACUGAUGCAACUUGGUGUGCACUCCGGCAAACAUACAGGUGUUUUUUUAAAAAUUUCCAAAGAAAAAAAAAACGACAACAAAACAAACGGGACCUGGAUUUAAGAUUGAGAUUUUUUUGAUCUUCAGCUACAUUUUCAGCUUUGUGAGAAACCUCAUCAUCAAAGGAGAUGGCUAGCAAUGUUACCAACAAGACAGAUCCUCGAUCCAUGAAUUCCCGUGUAUUCAUUGGGAAUCUCAAUACUCUGGUGGUCAAGAAGUCUGAUGUGGAGGCCAUCUUUUCAAAGUAUGGCAAAAUUGUGGGUUGCUCUGUGCAUAAGGGCUUUGCCUUUGUCCAGUAUGUUAAUGAAAGAAAUGCCCGAGCUGCUGUUGCUGGAGAGGAUGGCAGAAUGAUUGCUGGCCAGGUUUUAGAUAUUAACUUGGCUGCAGAGCCAAAAGUGAACCGAGGAAAAGCAGGUGUGAAACGAUCUGCAGCGGAGAUGUACGGGUCAGUACCAGAACACCCUUCUCCGUCCCCUCUACUCAGUUCCUCAUUUGACUUGGACUAUGACUUUCAACGGGAUUAUUAUGACAGGAUGUAUAGUUACCCAGCACGUGUUCCUCCUCCUCCUCCUAUUGCUCGAGCUGUGGUGCCUUCCAAACGCCAGCGUGUGUCAGGGAACACCUCACGAAGGGGCAAAAGUGGAUUCAAUUCAAAGAGUGGACAACGGGGAUCUUCUUCCAAGUCUGGAAAAUUGAAAGGUGAUGACCUUCAGGCCAUUAAAAAGGAGCUGACUCAGAUAAAACAAAAAGUGGAUUCUCUACUGGAAAGCCUGGAAAAAAUUGAAAAAGAACAAAGCAAACAAGCAGACUUGUCCUUCUCAUCCCCAGUAGAGAUGAAGAAUGAAAAGUCUGAAGAAGAGCAGAGCAGCACCUCUGUGAAGAAAGAUGAGACUAAUGUGAAGAUGGAGUCUGAGGCAGGUGCAGAUGACUCUGCUGAGGAGGGUGACCUGCUGGAUGAUGACGAUAAUGAAGAUCGGGGGGAUGACCAGCUGGAGUUGAAGGAUGAUGAGAAAGAGCCUGAGGAAGGAGAAGAUGACAGAGACAGCGCCAAUGGGGAGGAUGACUCUUAAGCACACACUGGAGCUUAGAAAUCUUAUCCCAUUCAUUAUUCAUUUACCUAGGCGCUUGUGAGAGAUCAAAGUAACACCAGAUCAUCUCCCCUAGAAUCUUCUGCACAUUCUCACUGUUCUCCCUCCUUAUCCUUCCUGUGGUCAUUAUUCAUAAUUGCCCUGCGCCUAGUUACAUUUUCACUUCCUUUGAUGCUCCUUAGUAGUUUUGUUAAGUCUUACCCUGUAAGUUUUGCUUUAAUUUUGAUACCUCUUUGACUUAACAAUAAAAAGUUGUAUGGUUUUUA